ACAACAACAAUCCGGUUCUUCACAGGUUCAUCAUCAACAUUCCCAGUUGAUAUCGGGUGAACCGAUGCCUCAUCCUCCACAUUAUAGCCAUCAGGCAACCCAUUAUCAAUUACAUCAUAACCAUCCGGCACAAACAACAUCAACAAUAGGUCAUGGUCAUCAAUUAUCAUCAUCAGCACCGACAAAUACCGAUGGUCAUACAUUAAUGGCAAUGCGUCAAUCAAUUUUAGCAGCUCAACAACAACAGCAACAACAACAGCAGCCAUUAACAUCAACAUCAACAUCGACUUCGAAUUAUGAUUAUCUUGUUCAGCAACAGCAACAACAUCAACAUCAAAGGGCUACAAAUCCAUUGGUCAGUCAUCAUCAUCAUCAUCAAUUACCACAAUCAUCUAACACUAGUCAAUCACAAUAUAGUCAGCAACAGCAAAAUCAAUUACUUCUUCAGCAAAGAGCAUUGGCAGUAGCCAAUGCAAAAUUAUAUCAACAACAACAACAACAAUUAAGAUCAGGUGGUGGCCAAUAUAAUACAUUGGCUAGCAGUAAACCACAACAGAUUCAAUAUUAUAUUACGCAACAACAAUCUAAUCAUCCUCCGCAUCAACAUCAUCAUCAUCAUCAUCCAACAGGAACAUCAUCAACAUCUACGGCAUCCACAACAUCGACCCAACAACCGCAGCAACAAUAUUUUGCAACGCUAGGUAGAAAUCAACAUGCACAAAUACAGCAACAAUAUCUGAAUCCAUUGACCAGUCAACAACAACAAAUGCAACAACAACAAUUUGCUACACUAACCCGACAUCAUCAACAACAAAUUCUUCAACAGCAACAACAGCCUUCUACAUUGCAACAACAACAGCAACAGAAUCUGCUCAAUUAUUCACAAUUGAUUCAAAGACAACAACAACAGCAACAACUUGCAGCAGGUAAUACUUCUGCUACCGGUACAAGUCGAAUGAUACAAACUUCGAGUGGAACUGUUGGAUCAUCAUCAUCAACACGACAGACAUCAAUGAGUACUGCACAAGUUCCAAGUAGUAAAGUUGUUUAUACAACUACCGGAAGUGGUCAGCCAACAACAGCUAUGCAAUAUCAAUAUCAUCAGUCAGUCGUACAACAACAACAACAGCAGCAGCAACAACAACAACAACAACAAUUAGCAUAUGCAAGAAAAUCGGUAGUCGAAUGGACAAUAGAUGAUGUUCAAGAAUGGUUACAACGAAUCGGUAUGGCUGAACAUCGAUUAAAAUUCGAAUCAUUUAAUGGUGCCAAAAUGUUACGUUUGGAUAAUAAUUCUUUAGCUAAUAUUGGUGUUCGACAACAACAACAUCGUAUCUACAUAUUGGAAAAAUUAAAACAACAAAUUUGGCAAAAUCAUUUUUCGGAUCUAAAUUGA